GGCCCGGGAGCGGCGGGGAGGAAGGGGCGAGGCGCCAGCCGAUGCUGGGGGCGGCUGCCCCUUCUCUCCCACCGGCGCCCUGACUGGGCUCGGCGGCCGCCCGGGCGGUGGGGAGAGCCGCGGCGAGCGGCGCUGGGGAAGUUUGGGACGAAUUAGAGGGAAAUGGGUGGCCCUGGCCCUGCCGCGGCUUGUCCUUGCCAGGCUCAUCCCGGAGCGGAUUACAAAUGAGAGGCAUGGACCGCACGCCACGGACCGCGGGGACCUGAGCAUGUAGAGAUCGAAGCCGCGUCUCUUCGGUUGCACAGUCACUAUGAACAAUGGCCCAGCUAUACUACAAAAAGGUAAACUAUUCACCGUACAGAGACCGGAUCCCAUUGCAGAUUGUGCGAGCAGAGGCAGAGCUCUCGCAGGAAGAGAAGGCCUAUCUCAUUGCUGUGGAGAAGGGGGACUAUGCCAGUGUGAAACAUGCCUUACAAGAGGCUGAAAUCUACUACAACAUCAACAUUAACUGUAUGGAUCCUCUUGGACGCAGUGCCCUUUUAAUAGCCAUAGAGAAUGAAAACCUGGAGAUCAUGGAGUUACUGCUGAGCCACAGUAUUUACGUGGGAGAUGCUCUGUUGUAUGCAAUACGGAAGGAGGUGGUUGGGGCCGUGGAGCUGCUUCUGAGUUACAGGAAGCCAAGUGGUGAAAAGCAGGUCCCUACCUUGAUGAUGGACACCCAGUUUUCAGAAUUCACCCCUGAUAUCACCCCAAUAAUGUUGGCAGCUCACACCAACAACUAUGAAAUCAUCAAACUGCUUGUCCAAAGACGGGUAACAAUACCGCGCCCCCACCAGAUCAGAUGCAACUGUGUGGAAUGUGUCUCCAGUUCCGAGGUGGACAGCCUGAGGCAUUCCAGGUCGAGGCUGAAUAUCUACAAAGCCUUAGCCAGCCCUUCGUUGAUUGCCUUAUCGAGUGAGGACCCUAUUUUGACAGCCUUCCGGCUGGGCUGGGAGCUGAAGGAGCUCAGCAAAGUGGAGAAUGAGUUCAAGGCUGAAUACGAAGAGCUUUCCCAGCAGUGCAAACGUUUUGCUAAGGACCUUUUGGACCAGGCACGGAGCUCCAGGGAACUGGAGAUCAUUCUCAACCACAGGGAUGAUCAGAGCGAGGAGCUGGAUCCCCAAAAAUGUCAUGAUUUGGCAAAGUUAAAGGUAGCAAUAAAGUAUCAUCAGAAAGAGUUUGUUGCUCAGCCAAACUGCCAGCAGCUGUUAGCUACGCUUUGGUACGACGGCUUUCCAGGAUGGAGGCGGAAACACUGGGCAGUCAAGCUCUUGACCUGCAUCACCAUUGGACUGCUAUUUCCUGUGCUUUCUGUGGCAUAUUUAAUUGCACCUAAGAGCAGGCUGGGACUGUUCAUUAAAAAGCCAUUUAUAAAGUUUAUCUGCCACACCGGUUCUUACCUAACAUUCCUCUUCAUGCUACUUCUGGCAUCGCAGCACAUUGUCAGGACUGAUCUCCAUGUGCAGGGACCACCUCCCACUGUCGUUGAAUGGAUGAUCCUACCCUGGGUUCUAGGUUUUAUUUGGGGAGAAAUCAAGGAGAUGUGGGAUGGUGGAUUCAAUGAGUAUGUACAUGACUGGUGGAAUCUGAUGGACUUUGCAAUGAACUCACUCUAUCUUGCAACUAUCUCCCUGAAAAUUGUUGCUUAUGUCAAGUAUAAUGGUUCUCGUCCAAGGGAGGAAUGGGAAAUGUGGCACCCGACGCUCAUUGCAGAAGCUCUCUUUGCAAUAUCCAACAUUUUAAGUUCUUUGCGUCUCAUAUCCCUGUUUACAGCAAACUCCCACCUGGGCCCCUUGCAGAUCUCUCUGGGACGCAUGCUGCUAGACAUCCUCAAAUUCCUUUUUAUCUACUGUCUGGUGCUUCUGGCUUUUGCCAAUGGACUGAACCAGCUUUAUUUUUACUAUGAGACCAGUGCCUCAGAGGAACCCAACAACUGCAAAGGGAUCCGAUGUGAGAAACAGAACAAUGCCUUCUCCACACUUUUUGAGACCCUCCAGUCGCUCUUCUGGUCCGUGUUUGGUCUGUUGAAUCUCUACGUCACCAACGUGAAGGCUAGGCAUGAGUUCACGGAGUUUGUCGGGGCCACCAUGUUUGGAACGUACAAUGUCAUCUCCCUGGUCGUACUGCUGAACAUGCUCAUAGCCAUGAUGAACAACUCCUACCAGCUCAUCGCUGACCACGCGGAUAUUGAGUGGAAGUUUGCCCGGACAAAGCUGUGGAUGAGUUACUUUGAUGAAGGUGGCACUCUGCCACCUCCAUUUAAUAUUAUCCCAAGUCCCAAGUCAAUCUGGUACCUUUGCAAGUGGAUCCACAAGCAACUGUGCCCAGACAUGGACUCUGAGGAUGAACAGAAGAGGCAUGAAAACCUAAAAACAUUCACAGAACGGCACGCUGACAACCUGAUUCAGAAUCAGCAUUACCAGGAAGUGAUCAGAAAUCUAGUGAAAAGAUAUGUUGCAGCAAUGAUACGAAAUUCCAAAACCAAUGAGGGAUUAACUGAAGAAAAUUUUAAGGAAUUAAAGCAGGACAUAUCUAGCUUUCGCUAUGAAGUCCUUGACCUCUUGGGAAACAGGAAACCCCAGAGGAGAAGUUACUCUACUAGCAGCACAGAGGUCUCCCAAAAGGAUGAAAACGAGGAGGGUUCUGGAGAAAAAGCUAAAGCCAAGAGUGUUUCUUUCAAUAUAGCCAACAAGAAAAAAGAUUUCAAUGUGUCCGCUUUGAUUAAAACUAUGUCGGGGAUCGAAAUUGUGGAAGAGAAACCAAAAAGCAACGGAAUAAAUAAGCGCUCUUUCGUCCGAAACGGGAAUAGGGUUCAGAGGCUUUCAAGCUCCAAGAAAGAGUCUUUCAAGAGGCUGGGUCUCCUAUUCUCUAAGAUGAAUGGCCAUGUGCCUGAACCAAAUUCAGAGCCCAUGUACACUAUUUCAGACGGAGUUAUUCAGCCGCAUUACAUGUGGCAAGACCUGAAAUAUUCUCAGAUCGAUCAAGAGAGAGAAGAGAACUGUUCCAAAAGUGAAAUUAACCUCAAUGAGGUGGACUACAGUGGGAACAUGAGACUUACAGGACAGAGUAAGGAAUGCCCUCUGGUUUGUACCAGCUCUCUUCACUGUGCUUCCAAUAUUUGCUCCUCUAAUUCCAAACUUAUAGACUCCACCGAGGAUGUGUUUGACUCAUGGGGAGAGACCUGUGACUUGCUUAUAAACCAGUGGAAAGAUGGGCAGGAAGAUCAUAUUACAACUCGGCUAUAAGUAAAGCUAUUAAAUACCUGCUAUAGAACAUAGCUAAAUAUUUGUAAUUGUUUGCUAUCACCGAUGAUUCAGAGUCAGGAUUCCCUUUUGGUCCCUAGCAUUGGGUGUAGAACUCUAAUUAUGUUAGCCUGUUUUAUAGCCACCUUUACCACAUUUUUUUAUUUCCUUUUUUUACACUCACUGAUGCUGAACUAUUUACCAGUUUGGGCCAAUUUUAAGGAUGUUCAAUAAUAAGCAGCAGAGGGCAGACUGAUGUUCCCUACCAAUUGCUAUGCUUAGCCUGUAUGCGCUUACUGUAAAUCCCAAGGUUCUUUUAUUGAUGCAGAUCGAAGCUUCAGCUCCCAUAAACCUCAGACGUUUUGAUGGCAGAGUAAAAGACCUGUACAGUUUCUUUCCUAAUCCAAACUAUCUGGUUGUUCACUGGAUGUCAGAGUCAGAUAUUACCCCCCCGGUGCAGGGAUUGGGUGGGAGACAGGAGGAGGAUCAUAGUGGGCCCAGGCCUUUGAGGGUCGCUGCUCUUCC